UUGUUCCCAUUUUGUAUGUUAUCUCGUUUAUACAUUUGUAAUUGCACGAGAGGAGUUUUGCUAAACUAUUUCAGGUUUAAUUCAAAGAUUGAAUCUAGAAAAUAUCUCAAACUUGGACCUUUGAGUAAAUCAGAAAUAAUACAGUUGUACACUACUACAAGCAUGGAGAAGCAUAUAGCACCAACCAGAAAUCAGAGAAGAGAGCCCCCUGGUGAUGACAUAGAGGAGAUGAUAGAGCUAGACAAGAAAGUGUCUGAAAGCCAUAUUAGGAUAGAGGAGGAGGUAAAUGUCGAAAAGGUUGAUGAAGGUAGUUCUGAAACUCAAGAUGAUCAGAUACACUUCAGAUCAGGAUACCAACCUUUGAAUGGAGUAGAAUUUAGACCCAGUGCACCUAUAAUAACUACUUACAAGAACUCAUCUACAGCAUAUACUUGUGGAUGCAGGUCAUUUGGCUCAGUGAUGCUGAUUACAACAGUCAUGGCUAUAAUUAUAUUAUCAGUACACUUCAGUAGGCAUCCAGACCCUUCAGACUCAUCUGAACUAUCUGGGUUGUUGGAGUCAUCUCAGUUCUUGGAUUUAAAAUCAGUUAACUCCUUGGAGUCAAUAUCAACAGGGUCUGAAGAUCCUUUGCUAACACAAUAUCAUAGAGAGCUGCAUAAAGAUGAUAAAACGAUUGAUAAAGAUGAUACUGAGAUGUAUAAAGAAGACGCUGAAGAAUCAUCUGAUGUUGGAAAUCAGAGCAUAAUAAAGCAAACACCUCAUAAAAGAAAGAACAUAAUAUCAGAUAUUAUCAUGGAGGAUUUGUAUACCCCAACAGAAGAAGAAGAAGAGGGUGAAAAUCAAACUGUGAAUUAUGAUCUCAUUACAAGAAAGGUUUUUGACGAACCUCUUGACGUUUUCACUGAAGUUUACUCAAAGAUUUCUACCAUGAGUCAAGUAACACUAUCAAUAACAGUAGAAGAGCUAUCUACCGAUCUUGGAACAUCUCAUGACAAUAUUUCCGCAGAAUUGGCGCAUGGAAAGGAGAUGUUGGAGGACCAAAGCAAUUUUGCAAAGAAUUACACAAUGAACCUAACACGACAGAGCACAAUCUUUCCUGAAACAUUUUUUGAUGAAGAGACAGAAGAAUUGGAAGAUCUGAAAGGACUCCCAGCACACAUAAUAGACAAGUAUUUUGAAACAACCACACAGCCAGAAAAUCCUUCAUGUUUCACUAAGGACGGGAACCCCUGCAUUUUCCCAGUUCUUUUUGGAGGAUUUGUAUGGAACAGGUGUAUCCCAAGCAGUGGGGGUAGCUGGUGUCCAACAUCAAUGACAAUAGAUCAUCAGUACAACACUUGGAGUUACUGUGAUCCUAACAACUGCCAUGCCAUGCACAAAUAUGAUAAAAAGUUCAACUAAAGAAACUGCACAAGUAACUUCAAGUUACUCCCCAAUUGACGGAGUGGCAUGGCCUUGAAACCUUUGUCUGAUCAAGUAUGAAUUAAUUAUAUAUCCAUAUUUUAUUUUCAUUGUGGUUUCUCGGCAAUUUUAAAGAAAGAUAACACAAUGAUAUCUUUCACUUUAUUAAUCAGAUUAAAGGGAGUGUUCGCAAUAAAUGAAAGGGUCUUUAGGCUUACGGCGAAAAAUUAUCGACGCUGAUUGCUGC